AUGUUGGAUGAUGGAGUUGCAGUCAAGUUAAAUGCGGAAAAGGAGAAUAUGAAUUCAAAGGUGCUGAAGUUUUUGCUAGUUGUUAAAGUCCUGGGCAACAAGAUUUCUUUUCCUAUGUGUAGUGUUGAAUUGAGAAGACACUGGAACAAAUUUGGGAAUUUCCAUAUGACGUCGCUGGGUAUGAACUGGAUUCUUUGCUCUUUCAUAAGUGAGGAGGCAAUGGAUGAAGUACUCAAUGGUGGUCCAUGGUAUGUUGGAGGUUACAUAGUGGGAAUGGACAAAUGGUCUACGUCUUUCAAUCCCAAUUCCUUCAACGGGAUCACUGCUCCAGUCUGGAUACGUCUCCCCUGUUUGCCUCUCUACUGUUGGGAUGAAGAGAAUAUUACCCGAAUUGCGUCAAAGAUAGGAGUACCUAUGUACGUGGAUGGAAACUCUUUCAGAUGGGGAAAACAUGAGUUUGUACGUGUUUGUAUAAGAUUGAAUCUUGAAAAUAGCCUUCCUAAGGGUGUAUGGAUUGACGGCAUUGCUGGAAGAUUCUUUCAGCAUAUUGAAUAUGAGAAGAUUGAUAUGCUCUGUUUUUAUUGUGGUAAGGUGGGGCAUGACAAGGAUUUGUGUCCUGAAAUUAAAAAGGUUGAUGUGGCUGCUAAGGUGAGCAUCAAGCAGGAAAAUGUGGUUAGUAUCCCCACAUAG